ACCUGAAGCAGUACUGAAGCCAGCAACUGAGGGCAGGCGCAGGUCUCCCCACUUUGGGGUACCUUCCAGAUCUGACUGGCCCGCCCGUGCCUCCCAUGAACAGAGUCGAUACAGAGGUGUCCCUUGCAGAUGGAGACCUGGUCCCCCAAGGCCACCCUCGCCGCUGUCUGUCUGGGGUGGAGUCUCGAGGACAGAGGGAAGAAGAGGAGAAAGAGGCCACAGAGGAGGAGGAUGGCCUCCCUGCUGUGAAUCUCCGAAGGUCCAAGGCUUUUCGUGCCCAUGGUUACCACUGUGACCCAUUCAAACGACACAGCUGGGGGCCCGGUGGGGAGGUCCAGGGCCCACUGAGCAGGAGGAAGCUUCAAGCAGCGGGAUGCCCACGGCCCCAGGAGGCCCCCUCACUGCAGAGCCAAGAGGAACUGGACACCUUCCUGGGACAGCAGCAUCAGGGCAGCCAGCCCUCCCUCGUGGGCCAGGGUUCCUGUUAUCCAUUUGCUGGCUACUCGGACUACUUGGGCACGGGCAGGCUUUCCAAAUCUGCAUCCAUGAGUGGCAUCAAUGGCUUCUUGGAUCCUGAUGGAAAUUUACCCCAGUCCUCUGGUGCUGACCUCAGCAAAAGUCACUGGGGCGGCAGCUGCAGCCAACUGGAAGGGAGCUCAGGUACUUCGGCAGGCUCCUCCCUGCGACGGACCCUCAGCUUCCUCUUGGGCAUGACUGGAAAGGCCAAGGCCCGGGAAAAGGAGAGGAUGAAGGAAGCCAAGGAUGCCCGCUAUACCAACGGGCACCUCUUCACCACCAUCUCCGUCUCAGGCAUGACCAUGUGCUAUGCCUGCAACAAGAGCAUCACUGCCAAGGAGGCCCUCAUCUGCCCGACUUGCAAUGUGACUAUCCACAACCGCUGUAAAGACACCCUGGCCAACUGUACCAAGGUCAAGCAGAAGCAACAGAAAGCUGCCUUGCUGAAGAACAACACAGCCUUGCAGUCAGUUUCUCUUCGCUCAACAACCCGGGAACGGCCUACCUCUGCCAUCUACCCCUCCGACAGCUUCCGGCAGUCCCUGCUGGGCUCCCGCCGAGGCCGCUCGUCCUUGUCCCUCUCCAAGAGUGUGUCCACCACCAACAUUGCUGGACAUUUCAACGAUGAGUCCCCCCUGGGCCUGCGCCGGAUCCUCUCGCAGUCUACGGACUCCCUCAACAUGCGGAACAGAACCCUGUCGGUGGAGUCCCUCAUUGAUGAAGGCGCCGAGGUCAUCUACAAUGAGCUGAUGGGCGACUUCGAGAUGGAUGAGAAGGACUUCGCGGCCGACUCGUGGAGCCUGGCCGUGGACAGCAGCUUCCUGCAGCAGCACAGGAAGGAGGAGAUGAAGCAGCAGGACGUCAUCUAUGAGCUAAUCCAGACGGAGCUGCACCACGUGCGGACGCUGAAGAUCAUGACCCGGCUCUUCCGCACGGGGAUGCUGGAGGAGCUGCAGCUGGAGCCCGCCGUGGUCCAGGGCCUGUUCCCCUGCGUGGAUGAGCUCAGUGACAUCCACACUCGCUUCCUCAGCCAGCUGCUGGAGCGCCGACGGCAGGCUCUGUGCCCCGGCAGCACCCGGAACUUCGUCAUCCAUCGUUUGGGCGACCUGCUCAUCAGUCAGUUCUCAGGCCCCAGUGCAGAGCAGAUGCGUAAGACCUACUCGGAGUUCUGCAGCCGCCACACCAAGGCCUUGAAGCUCUAUAAGGAGCUGUAUGCACGAGACAAACGCUUCCAGCAGUUCAUCCGGAAGGUGACCCGCUCAGCCGUGCUGAAGCGGCAUGGGGUGCAGGAGUGCAUCCUCCUGGUCACCCAGCGCAUCACCAAGUACCCGGUGCUGGUCAACCGCAUCCUGCAGCACUCCCAUGGGAUGGAGGAGGAGCACCAGGACCUGACGACAGCACUGGGGCUGAUGAAGGAGCUGCUGUGUAACGUGGACCAGGAUGUGCACGAGCUGGAGAAGGGGGCGCGCCUGCAGGAGAUCUACAACCGCAUGGACCCCCGCGCCCAGACCCCCGUGCCCGGCAAGGGGCCCUUUGGCCGAGAGGAACUUCUGCGCCGGAAACUCCUGCACGAUGGCUGCCUGCUCUGGAAGACGGCCACUGGGCGCUUCAAAGAUGUGCUGAUGCUGCUGAUGACAGAUGUGCUAGUGUUCCUCCAGGAGAAGGACCAGAAGUACAUCUUCCCCGCCCUGGACAAGCCCUCUGUGGUCUCGCUGCAGAACCUAAUCGUAAGGGACAUCGCCAACCAGGAGAAAGGGAUGUUUCUGAUCAGCGCAGCCCCGCCUGAGAUGUACGAGGUCCACACAGCUUCCCGAGACGACCGGAGCACCUGGAUGCGUGUCAUUCAGCAGAGCGUGCGAGUGUGCCCAUCCAGGGAGGACUUCCCUCUGAUUGAGACAGAGGAUGAGGCCUACCUCCGGCGAAUCAAGAUGGAGCUGCAGCAGAAGGACCGGGCGCUGGUGGAACUGCUUCAGGAGAAGGUUGGGCUGUUUGCCGAGAUGACCCACUUUCAGGCCGAAGAGGAGGGCAGCAGUGGGAUGCCCCUGCCCACGCUGCCCAGGGGCCUUUUCCGCUCCGAGUCCCUUGAGUCCCCCCGCGGAGAGCGGCUGCUGCAGGAUGCCAUUCGUGAGGUGGAGGGUCUGAAAGACCUGCUGGUGGGCCCUGGAAUAGAGCUGCUCUCGAUGGCCCGGGACCCCUCCCUGCCCACGGAGCUGGACGGUAGCGGCAACACGAGCCCUGGAGUCACUGCCAAUGGUGAAGCCAGGACCUUCAACGGUGCCAUUGAGCUCUGCAGAGCGGACUCCGACUCCAGCCAGAAGGAUCGGAAUGGCAAUCAGCUGAGAUCUCCCCAGGAGGAGGUGCUGCAGCGACUGGUCAAUCUCUAUGGACUUCUGCAUGGCCUACAGGCGGCUGUGGCCCAGCAGGACACUUUGAUGGAAGCCCGGUUCCCUGAGGGCCCUGAGCGAAGGGAGAAGCUGUCCAGAGCCAACUCUCGGGAUGGAGAGGCUGGCCGGGGUGGGGCCGCCCCGGGGGCUCCCGAAAAGCAGGCCACGGAACUGGCAUUGCUGCAGCGGCAACACACACUGCUGCAGGAGGAGCUGCGGCGCUGCCGGCGGCUGGGCGAGGAACGGGCCACGGAGGCCAGCAGUCUGGAAGUCCGGCUGCGGGAGAGCGAGCAGGCACGUGCUCUGCUGGAGCGAGAAACCGAAGAGGCCCGCCGGCAGCUGGCCGCCUUGGGCCAGGCCGAACCCCUGCCAGCCGAGGCCCCCUGGGCCCGAAGGUCUCUGGAUCCUCGGCGGCGCAGCCUCCCCGCAGGCGAUGCCCUGUACCUGAGCUUCACGCCCCCCCAGCCCAGCCGAGGCCAUGACCGCCUCGACGUGCCUGUGACGAUGCGCUCCGUCCACCGGCCCUUUGAGGACCGAGAGAGGCAGGAGCUGGGCAGUCCUGAGGAACGGCUGCAGGACAGCAGUGACCCCGACACCGGCAGUGAGGAGGAAGGUAGCAGCCGCCUGUCUCCACCGCACAGCCCACGAGACUUCACGCGAAUGCAGGACAUCCCGGAGGAGACGGAGAGCCGAGACGGGGAGCCUAUAGCUUCAGAGAGUUAAGGGGGCCCCUCCCCCUGCCCUGUGCCCCAUGAAGAACAUUACUGAGGGGGGCAAACCUUGGGAACUCCGCAAUCUGCCAAUGGUGAGGGGCGCAUUUGAAAGAACUGCUGUCUGCCUUUGCCAGCUCUCAGGAUCCUUGGCGAUCUGGGGCCGCGUAGGAAGCUGGGGGAGUGAGGGCACAAUGCCCCCUGGUGGCAUCCAAAAGCAACACCACAGAUGCCAUUUUUUCAUGCCUUCUUCCCCGACUCUAGGAACAUUUAUUUAUUUAUUAUUAGUUAUUGGGGGAGAGGGGAGAUGUAAAGGACCAGGGACAUGGGAACCAAGCCAUAGGGAUCAGGAGGCCUUGGCCUUUAACACUACUGGGGUAUUUGGGGGGCUUAAUCAUGCAGCUGCUGGGCUCUUGCCCAAACAUCUCUCCCCAGACAACACGCAGCUUUUGAGGGAAGGCUGCAGCCUCAGGACCCCACUGCCCCUUUAAGAAGGGCUGUGGGCAGGGCCAUGCCCCUCCCCUGUCUCCCCUCCACCCCUCACCUGCUAUUGGCCAUUCUGUGCAUCUUCAUGGAAACCCCAGGAGAUCACCUGGGGGCUUCCUAGAAUUGCCAGGCUAGAAGUGGAGGUGGCCAUCAUGGUUUGUUGUGGGUGAGGGGGGAAAAGAAAAAGCCCCACAGGGACCAGAAUAUUUUGUUUGUUUGUUUUCUUUUUUGUACCAAAGCCAACUGCACGUGUUUUAUAUUUGUAAGAGAAGACCGUAGGCAGUUAGAGAUCACAGCCUUGUAGCUCGAGGUCUGACCCACUUGAGGGGUAACGGGGCGGG